CGAAACGAACCUCUCAUUUUUGUUGGCAGCGUAGAGCGUAAGGACGUAUUCGAACUACUUCAAUAUAAAUUCGUAAAUUCGACUUCCUUUUAUUUUGUAAAUUCGUCGUUGAGUGAAUUUUUGUUUAAAAUUGAUUUAAUUGUGAAAUUUCUCACGAAACUUAGUGGUGAAUUAGUAGUGAGUUCUUAGCUGGAAAAUGGCAGAAAACGGAGAAGUCCUGCCGCGGACCAAGUAUUUAAAGCACACGAUUCAUCUCACUCUUGACGAACUGUACAAUGGAACGGAACGAAAAUUGGCCAUCAAUAAGAACCGCGUCUGCAACGAAUGUGUCGGAACCGGAGCUAUCAGUAGAAUGCCGGAUGAUUUUGACAGAUGUGAGGAAUGUCAGGGUAUGGGGGUUAAAUCAAUAAUCAUUAGAACAGCGCCAGAUAUUCAACAGCGAAUAGAUCGUGACUGUUAUUUGUGUUGGGGUAAAGGUCUGGCCAUAGUUCCAGAAGAUCGAUGCCCUAGUUGUCGUGGUGAAGGAGUCGUGGAAGAGCAAAGCGGUCUCAUUGUGAAAGUGAGGCGUGGUUCUAGACACGGUCAGAAAAUAAUUUACAAAGAUGAAGGGACUCAAGAGCCAAAUAUGCGACCGGGAGACGUCGUCGUUAUAUUGGAAACGUUAGAUCAUCCAAUAUUUACAAGAGACGGAGACGACUUAAUUAUGAAAAUGAAUUUGGAUUUGGUGGAAUCGCUGUGUGGAUUUGAGAAAUUGAUUCAGACACUAGAUAAGCGACAAUUGUGCGUGAAAUGUCCUAAAGGGUCGAUUAUAAAACACAAUGACGAAAAAUAUCUGCCUGGUGAGGGAAUGCCCAAAUUCCGGAAUCCAACAGUGAGAGGCAAAAUGAUAAUAAAAUUUACAGUUACUCUGCCUGAUCGGAUUCGUACGAGACACAUAAAGUCACUCGAACAAUGUCUACCGCCGAGAGAAGUGCCUGAAAUACCUAUAGAUGCUAAAGAGUGCAACUUGGUCGAGAUGAGUGAACAUCAUCCGUUCCUCAAUCAAAAUCAUUCAACUUACAAUCUGAACGACGAUGAAUGUGCUCAAGAUCAAUAUUAUGAUCAACAGUACGAGUCACACGAUCAACACGACCAAUACGGCAACGAUAACCACUAUGACCAUCAAUACGGUGACGAGCAGUACAAUCACCAAGGUCAAUACUACCAUGACGACAAUAGUUACGAGGUCCAAGGAAACUACGAACAUCCAAGCGAAUACGACCAGCACCACAAUCAACAGGGAUAUGAAUCGCAGAACCAUUUCCAUCAAGAAGAUUUCUAUCAGCAGGAACAGUCUUCCGAAGACGUUUCGUUGGAAUCCUACGACGCGACCCAACAAUAUCGUUCCAAUUAAACGAAAAUUCUUGGCUCUAGAGAAUCAAUUUUGUGGCGGUCGUUCAGAAAACAUUGUAUAGGAAAUUCGAUAGAAAAAAUGUGGAAGUCAUUCCGGACAUCGUUCCACAUUUUUUGUGUCGGAGGCAACUUCUUAUAUAUAUUAGAAUUGUAUAUGCAGCGUUUUGAUUACAGUGAUAAAUUUCAGUUCUCUCAUUUUCUUUUGGUGUGUUGUCAAUAAAGAAAACGCAGGA